UGGCCGCCAUUUAUUGGAUUCUCUACAUGAAGUUCAGUAACGAGCAGACGUGAAAAACUUGUACACAUUUUCCAAGUGGAAAAAUUGUGGUAAAAUAUUCCAAGAAUAUUAUAAAAAAUUGUGGAAAAAUAAGUGUUUAGUGCGCACAUUACGAAAUGACAAGAAUAAUGUAGAAAAACGUGUCAAAAACACGUAAGUUUGAGGUUAAAAAAUUUUCAAUGUGGAACUCGUUAAUAGUGCAAGUCGCGUUUUAUACGCCAUUAUUGUAGUGAAAUACGAAGGCGUGUGCAUCCUCGAUUUUGUGUAAACUAUAAUUAAAUAAAUAAUUUGCAAAUAAAUUCGAAAUAAAUAGCAAGACUGAAAACGUCUCGGCAAGUGUAUUGUGGUUCUUACACAUAAAAUUGGAUUAAACUGAAUAUUGUGAAAUUGAAUAACUAUGCCUAAUUCGAUAUAUAAUAUGUGAAUACAAUGCUACACAUACGGAUCUACAUAUGUAUAUGUGCAAAACGAUGUAUUUGAAUUGGGAAUAAAUUGGUGCAGUUUGAAUAUUUAAAUUACGUUAAAGUAUAACACGAAAUUAAUACAACGAGCAAAACCGAGAUUUUUUCUUUAAACGACAUACAUAAACUUUUACUAGUCUAGAAGACAAUUUAAGUGAACUACAUAGUUUGAGAAAGAAAACAACGACAGUGGAAUUGCCAAAUAAUAAACGACGCUUCAAUCGCAAAACAAGGAAGCGUAAACGGAAUCGGAAUCGAAAACCACUAUUAACACAUCAAAAAAAAAACGCGGUGUACAUUAGAAAGGAAUUUGUUUUGCGACAUUUCCUUUCCCUUCGCCCAAUUCCAUUGAAAAUCAAUCAACACUUUUCUGUUAGGACUUUAUGAAUAAAAAGCAGCUGUCGCCGCCUUGAAAUUUGUGGAAGUUAUAAAGGAAAAAACAUUUUUUUAGUAGUGUUGAGCGUUUGAAAAAAAGCUCGUUAUAUAAAACAAAAAUAAUCUGCCGUUUAGUGAUGCCCCCUGAUGUAAUGGCUUACAAUGUAAUGGUCAGAACAAUUAGAAAUUCCCGUGACUACGAAGCCACAAACGUUUUUCUAACUGUAGCAGCAGCAUCAGCACAAUUGGUAGCAUCCGAAAUUGCUGUAACAGUAAUAUUGUAUACCUGCUACAAAGCUUUUCUGCCAAUUGUUAGAGUCACUAGACCCUACAAAGAUUACAGCAAAAGUAAGCACAUAGCAUUUUGUCACGAAUCAAGCCCCCAUGUGGGUGGGGGACCGCCUCAAGCAGCAACGAUAAGCACAGAACAAGCUAAAAUUCUAGGAUUGGUCUCUGGCAUAAAGUAUGAUAAUAGUUAAGUGAGCAAAAUACCAAUAGUAAUAAAGCCAAGCCUUCAAAAUUCAAAUAUUAAGCUCACAUUCGAUUUGGUUUUGAAGAAAGGAUUCUGUUUUUCUCUUAAAGAAGGAACAUUUUUAAUUUAUACUUAUAAUUUGCUCCGUGUUGCUUGUAUAAAAAUCACCUUAGAUACUUCUUUCGAAGUUGUAAUUGUUGUGCAAAUUGUAUAUUCGACAGUUGCAAUAACAACCCAAAAAAAAUUGCUUAAUUAUUGUAUAGCAAAUGAUGCCAUUGCAAUCGUCUGGUAUAAUUGUCGUAGAGAAGCCCAAAACAGCAGUAACAACACUUUCAGGCAGUGCAGUGACAACAGAAGUUGCAGCAGUGACAGUAAAUGUAGCCUCACAGCAGCCACAUCAGAAAUUGUAUCAGACACAGCAAUUAACAACAAAGGCUACAAGGAGUGGAGCAGCGACAUCGAUUGGAAAAUAUUUUGAAUACUAUGGUACGAAUGAUGUGCACCAGCCGCAACAGCAGCAGCAGCACCACCAGAAACAGCAGCAACAACAACAACAGUACAAUGUUGCUUGCAGUAAAAGCAACACUACGAGUAGAAGCCAAACACAAUUGCCACUAAUGCGACGUGCACAGCAGCGCAAUAGCAGCAACAGUCUUUAUUCUAGUAACAAGUGCAACAUCAAUACUACAAUAACGGGAGGAACCGCGAGCAUAAAAAUUAAACAAAUAAAUGUAAAGCAACAGCAGCAGCAGCAACAGCAACAGCAACAGCAACAAGUACAGAUGAAUCAGCAACAACAACAACAUCAACUGAUACAACAUACCACAAUCCACCAGCAACAGCAUCAAAUUCAUCAGCAACAGUCACAACAGCUCGCUACACAGUUGCAGCAACAACACCAGUCGAAGCAGCAGCAACAUGUGCAAAAGCAACAUCAGCUGCCACAACAACAAAUGCAUUCACAGCAGCAGCAACAACAACAACACCAUCAGCAACAGCCGCAGCCACAGCAGCAGGUGAUACAAGUAAGCGAGGAAUUCAUUGAACAGGCAACUGCCUCUGGUGCCACCAACAUGAUGAUAUCCGCAACAACAGGCGAGGUGUUGAACCCACAAAUAUUCAAAAUAGUUGCUACAGAUGGCACUACCGGCAACAUGAUUAUCGAUAGCGGCAGCGCCGCUGCCGUUGGCGGCCAGUCCAAAGUGCUGCUCAGCAACUUGACGGUGUUGGCCAAGCAAGCGCCUACGACGCCGAGCACGUCGACAGCCACUACAGUAGCUGUUGGCGCUGCUGGUAACCUAAACGCGCAGCAACAGCACACUAUAGGUGUUAGCAGCGGUGGCACGCAGCCACAACAGGCACAAACAAUAAAUUAUAUGAGCGCUAAAAAUUUGUCGUAUUUAACGACAGCAGCAGCGGCGGCCACACCAAUUACAGGCGGUGGCAAAACACAAAAAUACACUGUAACUGGCACCUAUAAAACAGGUGUCAAGCAGCAGCCGCAACAACUUACUUCGACGACGUACAUACAACAAUCACAGCAGCAGACGAAUCAGACUAUGUCACAAGGUUCGCAGCAGACGCAACAGCUUUAUCAAAAGCUCUCGGUGCCGCGCCACGUACAGAUGCUAACUCGAGUGCAGGCGGUUGUGCAACAGCCCUCGGCAUCUGGUACAUCAAUGACAACAAAUACAGCAGCGCAGCAGCAACAACAGACACAAAUGUUGGUGCAACCUGUUGUAGGGGGGCAAAAGUAUCUGAGCAGCAGUGCUACUACGAAGAGUGUCAGCGUUACUGGCACCGCCGGCAAUAUGUUGAAAAAGUCGAACAAUUUGAAAAUUUCGCACAGUAACAGCAAGGUUGUGAAUAACAUACAAAUGCAGCAGCAACAAGGCGUAAAAACGACUUAUAUAACACAGCAACAGCAACAACAAUACCAGCUGCACCAGCCGCAAUACCAAAGUGGUGGCAGCAGCAAAAUAAAAACGUCGAAAUUGCUAAAGCAGUAUAAUAACAUGAUAAAUAAUAGCAGCAGCAGCAGCACCAGCGGCAUAAACAUGUUGCAGCAACAGCCACUUGGCACUUAUACAAUUAGCAGCAGCGGUGGUGCCCAUAAAUUACAGCAGACAACAAAAGUUACCAAAAUGACCAGCAACAAAUAUGCCACGCAUCAACAGCAGUUGCAACAUGUCGCAACAUUGCCACAGGGCACACAUCUGCAUCACAAAACCGUGCCACAGCAGCAGCAAUUCUCAACCGGCAGCAAUGUUGUUACACUUGCAACUAGCGGUAGUGGAGGUAGCAGCAACAAUAACCAGACUAUAAAUGUUACCAAUACCGCUGGGAGCACUAUAAAAUUUGUAAAUUCGGCACAUGCCACAGUUAUACAGCAACAUCAAACGACAUCAUUGCCAAUGCAGCACUCGAAGGUGUCGCUGCGACAGCAGCAGACGCAGCAACAGCAGCAGCAAAUACAAUUUGUUGACGCACCAACAACGACCAUUGUCAAAGACAAUAGCACUGGCAACACUAUAUACCAGCAGCAAGCACAUUCUGGCAACAAUAACAACAACGUCAAUACACAGUCGUUGCUCAAUGACGACAUAAUGAUAGUCAAUGGCACACAAAUGACUGAUGAGUUGUCAGCGCGUAUACUACAAAGUAUGGCUCAAAAAUCCUUCAGCAAUCAUCAACGUUACCAGCAGCAGCAGCAAACAAAAUCCGUCGCAAUGCCGCCGCCCAAUGCACAGCAAACGCAGCAGCAACAGCAAAUCGUAUUGCAGCAACAUUCUUCACCAACUUCGGUGCUGCUCUCGCCUAAAGAGUAUCCGGUAUAUAGCACCGCCCAACUUUCAGCGCAGCAACAGACGGGGCAGCAGCAGCAAUUGUCAGCACCUACAACGAUUAACACACAAUACACGACCGCGGUCCAUCAAACACCUACGUCGGCUACCGCUUACUUGCCAGUCUCAGCUGCCGCACAUACCAGCAGUGCCGGUAGUGGUGCUUUAUAUUCAACCAUCUCUACAUCUGGUGCCAGUAUUGGACGUCAAACACAUAGCGCACCCGGUAGUCGUACACACUCGCUGGAACGCAAUAAGUCAUAUGAGGCCAGUACGACUAUUACACGAAAAACUGCUGUUGACUACUAUAAAGCAAACAACAAUGUUGGCGGUCGUGGUCAUCAUCAUAGCUUACAUGCUUCGCAUGCUACGCCCGCAUUAUCGUCCAGCUUAUCGAAUAUACCGCUAGAAACUCAGCAGCAGCAGCAGCAACAGCAACACUCAUCAGCGCAAAUAAUUCACCUACAAACAUUGAAAUCUUCUUUAGCGGCCACCACAGCUGCAGUUGCAGCUGGCAACAGUAGCUAUACGAUUGCCACAAACAACAGUGCAGCUAACAAUACUGCCGCGGCAUCAGCUAACGCCGAUGAUGAAGAUAUUAUUGGUGAAGAAGUGCGUCCGGUGCCAGUGAAUACACAGGAUUUACGUUUACGCAUCUUGCAUGCGGUGCAGCAAGAUCACACUUACGCCAAUGCCAUGCCAUCGAAUCUCUCUGGUGCAGACAGUGUGAAGAGCGGUGGAGGAGUGAGUGUCCAGCAAUUGGGCAAAGUUGCCAUUGCCGGCUCCAAUAGUGCAAUGUUACCGGGUACCGCAACGCAGUCGCAUUUACAAUCUGCCUUAGCAGGUAAUGUUGGCGGUAGUCAGCAAUGGUCAUUAGGUGGUAUUGGCGUGACUGUGGCUUCAGGCCAAACGGGAUUGGGUAAUGUACUACCCACGCCACCUUCUAGCGGUCAGUCAACAUACACUCUGCACGGUCAACAAAUACCGCGCGUGCAACAGGAUGACGAUGCGCAUUCAGCCAUUAGUAACGGUUCACGCGUCGCCACUGGUGAUAUUGAUCCAGGUGAAGAGACGGAAACAGCGCCCGAAGCCGAGGCUGAAGAUGAUUCGGUGACGCGUUGCAUCUGUGAUUUGACGCAUGAUGACGGCUACAUGAUUUGCUGUGAUAAAUGCUUCGCUUGGCAACAUGUCGACUGUAUGGGCAUAGAUCGUCAAAACAUACCCGAUGAGUACCAGUGCGAAGUGUGUCAACCUCGGCAAGUGGAUAAGGCGCGUGCCCGCGCACUACAGCUAAUGAAACGCAAGGAGCAAACUCAGCUGUUGCUCUCAGCACAGUCAGCGCAUGCAACCGGCUCAAGUGGUGCCUAUUUGGGUGGUGGUGCAAGUGGUGGCGGCGCUAUCAUGGUUGGCAACUAUCAGUUGGCAGAUGGACAACAACGACAUAUUGGCGGCGCUACGUCCGGUUCAUUUAUGUUGGGUAGUGGCGGUGAUGGCGGUACAAUUCAUGGCCUGCCGAAUAAUACGACGCUCAGUAGCACAAAGAAGGGAAAAGUUUUAAAGAAAACCUCUAAAGAUACAAUUGGUGGUAAGAAAUCCAAGAAAGCGGAUAAACUUGGUGUUGGUUCGAAUUUAGGUGGGAAACCGCCGCGUAAGGAAUCUGCUACCGCAAAGAAGACAACGAAACGCAAAACAAAGAGUAGUGAUGGUCUUAGCGCCAGUGCGUCAGCCGCUGAAAAGCAUGCAGCCAAUUUGCGACAAUGGAUUGAGAAUUACGAAUUGGCCGUGACGAAUCACUAUUCGCCGGAGUUGCGUGCUCGCCUGCAUGCCAUCACAAAGCAACCUAGUCUGCUGCAAAGUAUACUAAAUACGGAGAAUCGUGCGUUGAAGGAGUGCUGCAACAAUGGUUUGGAGAAUCGCGCGACUACGGUGCCACAUGCUGGCGGUAAAAUACUUAUAAGCAACAUGGAUAUUUCGCCAAGUUGUCCGAUUUUCGAGUUGCGUGGCAAAUAUAUGCUUAGUCCGCAGUAUAAAACACAAAAUGCAUCGGUGAAUAUGAAUUCACCACCGCCAAGCAACUACUUAGCUGCAAGCCUUAAAGCGCAUAAAACACCAGGACCAUUCAUUUUCUUUUAUCAGCUGCCCGACGCAGAAGCACCAAUGCAAACUAUGAACCAAGAUGGUUCAUAUCCGCCACUACCACCCCAACCCGCCUAUCUUAAGGGUCCGGAAAUAUGCGUGGAUACGCGCACGUAUGGCAAUGAAGCGCGCUUUGUGCGCCGCUCUUGUCGACCAAAUGCAGAAAUACAACAUCUUUUCGAAAAGGGUACUAUACACCUAUUCAUUGUGGCAACGACACGUAUUCGCGCAAGCACUGAGAUUACGAUUAAACAUGAGCCACACGACCUGCUGGCCAUCGAGAAUAAGAAGGCUACAUCGAGUAAUUGCAUUGUACAACCAACAAGCACGGCGUGUGCAUGCGGCCUACUUAAAGAUUGCCUUUUCGGCCCACCGCCGACGCAACAGUCUUUGGCCGCUGGUGGUGUGUCGAAAUCUAGCAGCCGCAAGUCUUUGCUCUCCACCACAUUAAAUGGUGGCGUCCAGUUAAACAGUAGUGCUGCUGCUAUGCAGCUUACCAUGGGUGGAUUGCCGCCAAGUAGCAAUAAAAAGAAAGGUCCUGCGCAAAACAUCAAUCGAAAUCGUUCGACUUCUUCUAGUGGUGAUAGUGGCAUUGGUGCAGCUGCCGGUGGCAUGAACAGCCCGAGUGUUGCACUGCCCGCAGCGCCGUUGAAUAUGAACACAAACGUGUCUAAUCACACAUUCAAGAGCAAUGGUGGUCUUAAUAUUUUAUCCGGUCAUGCGCUAGCCACCUCAACAGCGGUGCCUAAUAGCAAUGGCAGUAUGAGUGCAACAUCCUCCGUUUCCAGUGUAAUGCACGAUUCGGGCAUUUGCACUUCUUCCUCGUCGCCAUCCGUGUCAAUACCAUCACCUUCCACAUUGCAUAUACACUCGCCGACGCAACAGCAAUCGCAGCAGCAGACUGUCGUCCCAGCUUCCACGGCCAUGCAGCGUGGCAGCAAUGCACUUUUCAUUCAACAUAGUCCGCAGCAGCAACAACAGCAUCAACAGAUAUUGGGAGCAUUGCCCACGCCGCUGCUGUUGUCGCCGCCACAACAAUUGGCGCAUCCGCAAGGGCAAGGGCAAGCGCAAGUGCUGACGCAGUCGCAGGUACAGCCCCAGCAGCAACAGCAACAGCAGCAUACAGUGGUUGAUGCAGUGGAAAACAACAUCAAUGCGCCAUUGUUGCAGGAGGUGGUGACAACUGAAACCACAACCGUUUCGUUGAGCCAAACGGUUAGUCAGCCGGAACAGCAGUCUAGCUUGCCAAUACAGCAGCUACCGGAGCAUCAAAAACAUGAGCAACAACUCAACCAACAACAAAUGCAGAGCGAGUCGGUUUGUUCGACAGUAAGUGAUGCUUCAUUAGCAGCGGCAGCAGCGCUGCAAUCGCUUAACACCGCUGUAACAUUAACUGAGGUGGUGAGUGCGUCAGAUGCCCAAAGCACGCCGCCAAGCAAUACCAACAAUAUGGCUAUUACCGCUAUUGAAGCCACAACGCCUGAUAUAUUUGACGUCAGCGACGCUGAACAACAACCGAAACAGCCACACCAGCAGACACAACAACAACAACAAACACAAUUCUAUGUCACCACGUCGAUGCAGCCACCACAUCAGGAUAUGGUCGAUGGCAGCAUGCAGGAGGCAUUGCAACAGCAGACGACAACGACCACAUCACAAUUGCCACCGCCGCCACAGACACAUGGCGCAGUUGUUGCAUCGCCAAAUUCCGGUUCGAAAUCGCCACAGAAAUUAAUCGUUAAUACCGGCGGUAUAGGAGCGUGUUUACCGUCGACUAGCGCACGCAUCCACAAAACGUCUGGCAAGUCGUCAAGUUCGCGCUCCACUAGCUUCUCCGAGGACGACCAUCAACAGCAACACCCACAGCAUAACACCAAUAGCGGCAGCGUAAAUGAUGAUGCGGCAAACACGCCGACCUCGAAGGAAAAGACCAAACUAUCCCGUGAGGAGCGUAAAAUGGAGGCGAUUCUCCGUGCUAUUGAGAAAAUGGAACGCAAUCAGCAGCGCAAAAAUCAACAAAGCAAAUCGGGUGGCACUGCGUCCUCGAGCGCCGCUAAGCGACGCAACAGCAACAGCAAUUCACCGACAACGCCCACAAAACGCAUUGUGGGCGAGUUAAGUGCCAGCAGCAACAGUGGACGCGUCUCAGCGGUUGCCGCGCGCAAGAAAAAACGCAAAACUCACAAGGCCUACAGCGGCCAUAGUGCGCAGGCGCGCAAGCGACGCAAAAGCCGCAUCAACAGCAGCAAUGAAUCAGCAGAUGGCGCGGGAAGCAAUGGAGCAGGAUUGGCUACAACAAUUGACACCAGCGCAGGCGAGGCGACCGUACAUUCGGAAACUGAGUCAGCCUCGUUGUUAUCACCAGCAGCGCCGCUUGCGGCAACUGGGCCGAGCUAUCAACCGCAACAAGAACACAACGAGGUGGUGGCUGAUACAGCCGCGUCUACCAAUGAAGAUCAGGCUGCCGGACUAUUGCUCGCUUUUGCGAAUCCCAACUUGAAAAUGUCCCCUACGUCGCAGAAAUCGCCUCAAGUAUCAUCAACAACGGUUCAACAACAACAACAAUUUCCAACCCACUAUUCCCUUGAUCAAUUGAAAUCACCACAACACAGAACUCCAACAGGCGGUGGCAACGGUGCAUCACCACCUGCUACACCGGUUAGCUCUGCUUGCCUGCUGAUCGAGGCGGCCGUUGGACCGCUGCAAGAGCACAUGGAUGGCAGCCCAAGUGGUGAGUUUAAGUAUCCCAACAAGACUAAAACAAAGAAAGUGCUCAUGUCCAAUUGGCUACUAAAUCAAGUAGAUGCCGACACAAGUGGCAGUGAUUCGUCGCCGUCGAGUGCGCCAACACCACCGCCAAGCGGUUCCGGCGUAGAUGUAGUACCUGCAGUAGCUGCAGCGGAAGUGCCUACAGCCACUGCUACCCUUGGGUUGGAUUCCCUGGUACAAGCGGCAACGAUGUGUGAUUACAGUAAACAACAGCCGGAGGCGGAUGCUACGUUCAUAGAACAAGUAUGCGCAUCGUCCAUUACAGUUGAUGAACCACAAAAUUUGAGCAUGGCUGCGCAGAAAGUCGAAGAAUUUAUACAGCAAACAGAACGUAGCAGUAGUGGUGUCUACAACCAGACAACAGCCGCUGCUGCCACCGGUUCACCACGUAAUCUACUCCAUCUGCCGCUGCAGGUGAGCACUUGCAGCAAUAAUUCCUCAGUAAAGAAGCGUUGGUUGCGACAAGCGAUUAGCGAAGAAACGACCACAGACGAGACGAUGACGCCUACACCUACAGCAAUGACAUCAGGUAGCCUGCAAAACGUCUCGCCCACCACAGCAGCUGCUGCUGCGCACUUGAAUGCCGUGUUGAAUGUGCCGAACGGGUUCACGACACCACUCAAGAAACGGCGACUCAUCCUAAGCGGCGGUGAGAAGGAGGAAGAGGAUGUUGGUGCGCCAUCAACCGUAGUUUUCGGGAUAGUCAAAACUGAAUUACCAAUGGCACCAUCUGCAACAGAGCGCGAUGCAACAAAGAUGUUGCCAAAUGCAGUUAGUAGUGAUGUGGAUGUAAUGAAUAUUAGGGAUGGCGACACAAACAGAGGUAUGAAAAAUGAGGUUGAGACGAGCGAUGACGAAGAAGCAGAUGAAGAGGAAUACGAUGAGGAGGAAGAACGCGACGAUGUCGAUGUGGUAGGUGGUGUAGGUGUGAAUGAACUGAACACAACGACAAAAACUCUUGGCAAUACAGGCAGUGAGUGCCACCCAAGACAAGAAAUUAUAUCGAAAGCGGAGCAAGAGGAAGUGGAGGAACAACGCCUGCUAGCAGCCGAAGAGAUGAAAUCCGAGCACUUGCUUAUCGAUCAGGACGAUGAUGUGGAUAUUUUGCGUUCGCCCAGUCCAGGGCAUCAACAAAUGCUCGCAGCGGAAGAUAAUCUGGUGAAAAUUGAACCGGAAGAUACGAGUGGAGGUGAUGAUGUGAAAAUCGAUGUCGAGCGGGAAGAGAGUUUGGCGGGUGAUAAGUUUGAGGAGCUGGUAUUGAUGCAAGUAAAGAAGGAAGAGACAGAAUUAGCAGCUGCUGAGCAAACCACCAAUAAUGCACUACCUUCAGUUGUAAAAGAGACAAAAAUGACUGUUGAGGAAGAUGAAAAAACUGUAAAGCAUGCCAAGAAUGAGGAAAGUGUCAAUACGACGGAAGAAAAGUUCUUCAGGUCGGGUGAACUGGAUGAAAAAAUACGGCAGUGUGGUAUGUCUAUCAAGUUAGAGUCGUCCCAUCAAGAUAUGGAUACAACAGAGCCAGUAGAUAAUAAAGUAAAUUUGGCCACCUACGAUGAAGAAAUGUGGACCGCGCCAACAGAACCAUCGGCACUGGAAUUACUUGCGCAUGAAUGCGGAAGCACAGCUUCAUGUGAUGAACCACUUAAAAAGCGCCCAAAACUGGAGCCUUUAGCUGCCAUGCCUACGGAAACUUCAGUUUCGAGCGAAGGACCACAGCAAACUUCAUUGCUCAAGCCACUAUCCGCCCGAAUGCUCGAGAUGCAAAAACAAACUGCGAACAGUGAAAGCGCCAACAAUAAUGGCAACAACAAUAAAAUAUUGCAAACUGCGGAUACGCUGCACGCUGCAAUACCCAAGAUGGCAGCUCAGUUCACGAGCGAGAAUUUUACGCCGACCACACAAGUACCAGCAUCAGAAACAUCUCCAGUUUCAGCUCUAACUCCGCAGCCAAACUGUAUUACAUUUUUAGCAGCAGCUGCUGCCGCUGCUAUUGAACGCAAACCACCGCCGCCGCCACCGGAUACGACAGCUACCACAACGCCAGUCACUACACAGUCGAUAGCAACAACUGCCCCAGUAUGUGACAAUAUCAAGAACGCAUUGCCACUAUCUCCACCGCGUUCUGUGACUUCUACUGCGGCGGAUAUUGGUAGCACUGGCACAAACACUUCGUCAGCGUCAUUGCUUAACUGUAGUGAUGGCAGCAGCGCAUCAAUCACUCUUGCGCCGCGCAAACAAAAUACCGUUAAUAAUAACAAUAACAACGAACGUAAAAUACCGCUCACCGAUGAUGACAUACACGCCCGCCUGCAUUCCUUCCAUAAGGAGAAUAUACUGAUUUUACAGUCGCGCAAUAAUAAGAAGUCAAAGCCGAAUGCAACCUCGGUCACUAGUAUUGAUGCCGAAUCAAACAAAAGUGGCAAGUUGGUGGAAAAUAAAUCUUUAUCGGCAACCAGUUAUUCGUCCCAUCACAGCCAUCAUCACUCAAAUUCACAUAAUGAUGCGGUAAAGAGUGUUAGUGCCAACAGCAGUAAAAACAGCAGCGCUUUGAAAUCAUUUGCUAAUUCGAGCAGCAGCGGCUCCUCUUCGGCGAAGAAGUUGCGCAAAAAGGAACGAAAUGGUAAGGAGCACAGUAGUAGCAGCAGUAGUCGUUCGUCCUCUUCGCAUAGCGGCAAGUUGAGUGCAACUAAUUCCAGUUCAAAGAAAGUAUCGUCGUCGCAUAAAAAGGAUUAUUCCAGCUCCACACCAGUGUCGAUAUCAAAGCAGCCACACAGUGGUUCCUCGAGCUAUAACAAUUCUAAUAGCAGCAGUACUGCGUCUGGAGGUGGUGAUUCCAAAGAUCGGGAAGAACGUCGCGACCGUGACAACAGAGAGCGUGGCUUUGAUAAAGAACGCCAUCAUCGGCAUCGCACAACCUCCUCGUCGAAUUCAUCGAAUUCAGUGUUACAAUCAAGCAACACUGCGUCGUCUACAACACUUGUCCCACCGCCGCCCACCUCCAAGAAGCGUCAACUCAAUUUUGAACAGGAACUCACCAAAGAUUUGCCCUUGGUGAAUGCAGUCACUAGCAGUAGCAGCCGUCAUCGCAAAGACAGUGGCAGUCGAGACAGUCGCGAUGAUAUGAUUAGUUCGUCCUCUUUAAGUGGUAGCAAUAAUAGUUUGGCGGCGCGCAAGCGACGUGAGUCGUCGUCUUCUUCGGGAGGCGGUAGUCGGCACCGCCAUAACAGCAGCAGCAGUUGUGGUGCUCCGGAGCCGCUAAAAGACACCUCAACUCACAAACCUCCAGCAGCGGAACAUAAUGGUAUCUUAGCGGUAUCACACGUGGCUCCGCUUCCGCCGGCAACCUACGUGCGCGAGCAUGUCACCAUACCUCAUUUCAAUAACGUGGUUGUUACUGGGCCACCACCCCCGCUCAUGGCCGCCUAUUUCAGUGGCAUUGGCGCAGUGGCUGGCAGCAACGUAGAUGCUUCCAUGGGUACCCCCAUCGCUACAUAUGUACCAACGCCAGCUCUACCACCAUCAUCAAAUUUAGUACAGCAGCCAACACACAGUCUGCUGAAAACACUUCCCAUGCAGCCUGCACUUAGUCAUUUGGCUGCAGCAGUGUCGCACACACUACACGCGCCACCUCCACUGCCACCGAUGCCUGCGUCAAGCGGCGGUAGCGCAGCAGUUUUACCCUCACCAUCACCUUCGAUUGUUGGCGGUACCACCAUACCGCUUGCAACGCACUCUCCAGGGGCUGCAGGCAGCUUGCCGUCUUGUGGCGGCGCCAGCACUAAUUCUACUGCGUCGACCUAUAACAGUAUUUAUGGGAAAUUGCGUGAUAAUAUUCCAGCCGUAGGACCGCCUCCUGCGGGAGCUGCAACAGUGGCAUUGUCAGGUGCCGCAGGCGCACCCUGUGGGAUUACGCCUGCCGCUGUUCAAGCAGGUGUGUCUGCGAAUAUCAGCCUUUCUGAGUAUUUGGACACUAAAGUGAAGAGCUAUAGCACAACGAUGGGCGCUUAUGCAACGCAGUCGCACACGUAUAUUAGUGGAAGUAGUGUAAGCAGCAACACAGGCUUGUUGCAGGGAGUUAACAAACCAGCUAACAACAGUACGUCGAGUAACAGCAGUGGUGCAACAGAAAACAUAUCUGUCACAUCGACACCAGUAGAGUCUCCCGUCGUCAGCAAGUUGCCAACAUCCUUAAAACUACCGCUCACGCGCACCGCCAGCCAUGAUCCGCGCCUUAAUCCCCAGCUGAAUGCGCCCGAACCUCCGCCAGCACCAAAACGCAAACUUUCUAUCAAUGAGUAUCGCAAACGUAUGCAGUUGUCAACGGAUUCGACAACGCUCUCAAUGCCUGAUACGCCUGCUACGGUUAGUGCACCAACAACACCGGCUGCCAACAUGACGCCCAAUUUGCUGAACAAUAGUUUCGUGCAAGCUUAUAAUAGUAUUGUAAAUACUUCGCCUGAGGAGAUGGCUAGACAGUUGUCCUUAUCGCCAAUAACGGUAACACUUAACAAGUACACGCUAAAUUCGCCGGAGCGUAGACGACACCACAGUGGAUCUGAGAAAGAGCAGCAUUCUACACGGCACAGCGCUUCGUACGAUGAUGUUGUGGGGCUGCUGAAUAGCAGCACCGGCAGUAGCAGCUGUGGCAAUAUGACUGACACGUCAUCGAUAAAUCUUAACAACGAAGAUGAUGGCAAGAAAGGCCAAUUCAGUGCUGCGCCCACCCUACUUGAAAAGCAACAAGAGAAGCUAUGCGAACGUUUGAAGUUAUUGCGCAAUAUGAAUAAGAGCGUAACAUCGCUUAGUAGCGCUACCAAAGAGUUUGCGCAUCUUAAAAAAGACUGUGAUCUCUAUGCGAAUCGCACUAACAGCAUCUCGUCAACGGAGAAUUUGGACAAUUGCCUCGAAGAAAUAUCGUCAUCAUCUUCCUCUUCAUCCUCGACAUCGCGCGCAUCUUCGCGAGAUGCAAGUCCAGAACGAAAUUGCGUUAGUACAAAUGUAUGCAGGAAAUAUACAAGCACCACAAGCUCGAACCAUAAGUGGCCACAUGAGGAAGAAACAGCAAACGUCAAUGCUGGCACUCCCACGAGAGAUGAUGCAACAGUAGCGAGAGGUGGCAGUGAGUCAGCGACUUGAAGGAAUACAGACGUAUGCAAAGUGAAUGAUGUUUAUAAGUUGCAAGAUUAUGCGGCAGCCAGUUUAUUGGGCAACGGUGCAGUACAACGUGUUGGGUAGGUUACUAAUAUAACUCAAGCAAGAACUGCGGUUCUACAAUAGGAUGCACUAGCAAAAGUUUCAAUAUUAAAGUGAUUUGAGUUCACAAUGGAAAUUGAACUUUUCUUACGCCUAAGGAAUGUUAAUUUACUUAGUUUUACAAAAAUUAGUUUGCUGCAGACUUGAGAUUGUUACUAUUUGUUUGUCAAAUAUGUACAUUACCAUUUUUACACGCAUGCAUAUGUAUGUAUAUGUAUAUACUGGCUUGUUGUAGCAGAGAAUAAUUGAAACAACCAAAAAUGAGAACCUUAACGAAUCGAAAAGCAAUAAACAAUUUGUUGAAGCGUGUUAUAUGUAUGUGCAAAACCCCAACAUAUACACAUUAAUACAAUCAUACAGCGUUAAUCUAGAAUCUUAAAUGAAUUUUUCAAUACCCCAACAUGCUUUCUUUAUAUGUACACACAAACCUUAAUAUAGGGUAAGUUUUUAGUUUAACGGUUUAUAAUGAAAUUAAUAUUAAAAUGAAGUUAAAUGCUAAAUGUAUAUAUUAUAAAUUAGUGUUAGUUAAUUACUGCGUGAAUGUAAAUAAUUAAUACACACAUAAAUAUAUAUAUAUAUAUAUAUAUAAACAUUAGAUAAUUACGAAAUCGUAAAGCUUAGCGACAAAAUAAAAAUGUUGUUAUGCUUUAAAACAAUGAUACGACAAGUUAUUUUGCUGCUUCACGUCGACGUGUAAAGCAAGCGAAGGAAUUUUAGGUUAGAUCCAGCCUUAGCCUGCAUGCCAUUGAAACUGGCACUUCAUAGGCGGCUAAUGCAGCAUAGUUUUGUUCAGCUUUUUUAUUUCAUAAGAAUUGCCGUGUAAAAUUGUUAUUUUCCAAAAACAUGAGCGAAAUUUUUUCACAUUUCUCAUUAAAACUACGAAUAUAGGAAAUCGAAGAUCAGCAUAAUAGAAAUUUCAAACUUAGCUUGCAAUAAAACACAGUUGUUAUAGUAUAUGUGCGCUGUCAAACGCUUUUUCGUUCACGAUGCAACGUUGCAUUUGAGACGUGCGAGAGUUUCAUACAUAUGUAUAAUUAAGAUUGUUUGCUUGAAGUCGCAAGUACAUUUAAUUUUAGAUAAUUUAAAUGCAUACGAAGCACUUAAUAAGUAAAGAAAAGGUUUUUUUAAUUACUUUUGCAAGGCGAGUAGGGAUCCAAAAAUUAACUUGUUUUCACACAAGUUUCCUUUUAUUGGUAAAGCACAAUGUAUUUCAUCCAAUUUAAUUUAAAUUUGUAAUUAUUUGUGUUCAUACUAAUUUUAACUUCAGUUUCACAAAAAUGUGUUAAAUAUAAAAAUCCUCUUAAAAUCAUUUAAUCGCUUGUGCAUUUUCGCUGUUAAGCUAAAACUAAUUCGCGGUAUUUGAUUUUGAUGGGACUUUUCUAUUUGCUCACUUGGAAAUCUCGAUAAAUUUCGUAUCGGUAACUUUUAAAAUUAAAUAAAAAAGGUUUAAAAACAUAUGCUGCGUAGUUUUGGAUAGUACGCGCUGUAAUUGCCUAAAAACAACGCAUCUUCGCUUGACACUAUUGCAACACGCUUUAAAUUCAACCUAACCAAAACUUGAAUUCAAAUUCAAUAUUUAAAUAUUAGCAAUGUAGCUAUUUUUUCACAGCUACAUUGCUUUGAUUUAAAAUAACAUAUUAAAUAUUUGUUUAUAUGCUGCUAGUUGCUCACAAUUAUAUGUAGAUAAAAUACACCGCGGGUUUGGCAUACAUAAAAACGAGAAAACUAAAAACGUACAAAGAACCAAAACAAUUGGCAACUACAUGCGUACUCUGUACAUACAACAACACUUUCAAAAAUAGUAUUGCUUUCCCGAAAAAAAUCAAAUAUAUGUACAAAUCGUAUCGCUGCGCGCGUUCAUUCCCACUUUUGAGUACCGUUUAAUUUUUUUCUUUUAAAAUUUGAUGAGUAAUUUUCAAUUUUCUGUUAAUAAGCCAUUAUUUAUAUGUAUAUACAAACAUACACUUACUAUUCAGUUAUUCAGUUUCCUGCUGUUUUGUGUUACUUGAAAGAAGCUGCAUAUAUAAUAAAAGCUAAUGUCAAUAAAAAGCAACAACGCGAAAUGAACAAGUCACUGCUUAAUAAAUUUUAAACGCAUCCUUUCGGAAAAAAUAUGUAUGUAUAUGUGUAUACAUGCAUACAUUAAUAUAUUAUGGUUUGGUGUAUGCAAUAGCUAGCAGGGGUAUACGAAAAAAUCAAAAUUAAAUAAAAAAAAAAAAAACGUGAAAAGAAACAAUUAAAAAUUAAAACCAAGAAAA